CAUGGAGGGGACAGGCGGGAGUAAGGGCUGCCGCUGCGACGUGGACCAUUCCGUCGCGAGGCUGAAUGGCUUAUUUGAGAUGGUGGAUGAUGAUACGUGCGACGUAACGUUUGUCGUGACGUCCGUGGCGUCGGCGCAGUCCAGCUCUGAAGGACUUCUUCCACAACCGGCGGGGACACCAGAGCGGGCAAGACCAAGGACUGAAACGCUAGAACAAGGCUCGCAUAGAGGCGACAACUGCAGUGACAAGAAUGUCUCGGGUGCUGGAAUCGCCGAUAAUUACAGAGCUGGGAGCUGUGAAAAUAGGGAGAGGCAGCGGGGCGAGGGCCAAGAGGCCUGGGACGGAGGAGGAAGGGGGGCAACAGGCGGGGGAGAGCUGGAAACCGCCAGGGAGGGAGCGGAGAAGCUAAACCAAGGAACAACGGGCGUCGGCACAACAGCGGUAGCUACCACCAGUUCUGUGUCAUCCACGAAGUUGAGCACCUGUUCUCCUGCUCACGAUACCUCAGGCAGCACCAGCAGCAGCCUGGGCACUACUAGUAGAGAGUUCAGGUGCCAUCGUGUUUUGUUCGCCUCGUGCUCGGCGUACUUCCGCGCUCUGCUGUACGGCGGUAUGAGCGAAUCGGAAACGAGGAGGGUCGAGUUGAGAGACGUCACGCCGGAAGGGUUUGAGGCCAUCAUGAGAUACGUCUACACCGGAAAAGUUAGCGUGGAUGCGGCCAACGUGAUGGACAUUUUUUCGCUGGCACACCGGUUCGGGAUGGGCGAGCUCCUGAAAGCUUGCGCGGAGGUCUUGGACGAGUGCCUGAACUGCGACGAUGUUUGCCGGGUGCUGGAGGCGGCGGAGUACUACGGACACGACGAACUUGCGGCCAAGUGCUGGGAUCUCAUCAAGGACAACACGCCCAGGGUGUUGAAGAGCGAGAGCUUCCUGGAUCUCCGGUCGCAACAGGUGCUGAGCCUCGUGAGGGAGGGAGAGCUGCAGGUGGAUGAGGCCGAGCUCUUCAAGGCAGUACAGGCCUGGGUAUCGAGAGAUACGGCCGAGAGGCGACGUCACGUUGAUGAGGCGAGUUGUGUGCGACAUGCGCAGUGGUUUGCAGAAGUUCUGUGCAGUGCAGUGCUGCAAAAGUGUGCUCGCGGCAGAGUAGUUCCCCCCUCGCAGCACAGGCUGUCUCGCCACUUUCGCCUCCCGCUCAUGUCCCUGAAAGAGCUCAUGUCGGUCGUCCGGCCGACAAACCUGAUCGCGGCAGACGCGAUCCUCGAUGCCGUCACGUACCACGCGGAUCCGACAAGGUGGACGGGCGAUUGCUUGAUGGCGCGGCCACGCGGGAAGAGGCUUGCCUGGGACGCGUCAAGCCUUGCUGCGGGAGCAUGGACGACCGACGACAACCGGACAGGCGAGUGUGGACAAGGCUAGCUAUACGGUCUUCUUGGUCGUCUUUGUGUCCAUCUCUGGUCACGCAAACAAAUCUUCACGACGGCGCGGGACGCAAGUUCUUGUUCCCCCGCCUUUUCUUGCUCUGUUGUAAGCAAGUUUCCGUCGGUGGUAUCAUCAUGCGUGGAUUUCGGCGUAGGGUAGGAUUUUAUCAAUCUGUGUGGCGCCUCUCUGCCCUUACGGCAUCACAUCAGCAACACCUGUAUCAUGUAGCUACCCGUUCCUCACGCUCUCGGAGACGAACAAUGGCAUGACUCCGGUACCACAAACAGCGAUACGAAGACUCCGCCGUGGCUCUUCUUAUUACACCCAAGAGCGUCAAACGCACACGUUUCUCUUUGUGUGGUCUGAUCCGAGCCAUCUCGUUUGAUGCUACCGCCGCGCAGUCACAACGUCCGUGGGAGACUGGGUCGGAGUUUACGGAAAUCGCGUCAUGAGGUGGGUUCAGGCGCGGUCUGGGUGAAUGCGUUUCGUAGACUUUUGAGGGUUCCUUGAUGUUGGUGAUGGUGGUGGGGGUGUUAAUUUUGGUAUCGAUGUCACCGAUCACGGCGUGCGUGUGCACGGCGUGCGUGUCGUCGUUUUGAGCGAAAUACGGUUGAAUUCGUUUUCGCGUUCAGCGAGAGAAUUAGGGCCCAAAAGUCCACCCGCCGUCUAGAGUGCCGAAGGGUCCUGUCAGAAGGGAAUAAUAUACCUACAUCUCUUCUGGUGGUGUGAAAACGAAUCAUUGGCGUCGCGGCCGGGAAGCAUGCAUCAAAGGAGGGUGAUUGUGAAGCGCGAACCAAAGACUGCUAAUUGCCGGCAGACGGCCCGCUAUGGUUUUCUUGGGCAGGCCACGGAAACACUGGGAGUGUCUAUGUUCCGCAUGCAUGCACACCCGUGUCGGAAGGCAGACGUGGUGUUUUGCGCGGGCGUGGCGCCUCAGGAUUUCCAGGGAAGAGUCAGUCCACCCAGAUGUUUUCCGCCCCAACGACAAUAAAAUCAACAGGUCUGGGUUUCAUCGGUGGUCCGUCCGAGCGAACAAGAUCGGCCGUACCGAGAAGUGGAGCGCUUGGGCAGCCAUCGUCGGAAUCGCCCGACCGCAUUCGCAGAACCCUUGUGAGUUGUAUCUCUACGUUCGUAGAUACGUGUGCAUGUUGCUUUCUUGUUACGGAAGUCUCAGCAAGUUGUCGUUGGACACUCAACUCCAACAAACGCCUUUUCGUAUUCUGCGGGGUGUCCCUACAGGUGUGUGUGUGUGUGUUUUUUUUUAUUAUUAGCAUCGUCCACGCUAACCGGCUGACCAAUUAAUAGACGUCAGUGCCAGUGGGUAAAAAUCAAGGUCCCUGGAAGGGGGCCAAAAUUCGAAAAAUGCGCAAUGCGCUAGAUGCGAAUGCCAAUACGACUCUCUCUACAUAUUCUUUCACGUAGACACACAUCUCAGCCACACAAAUGCCCUCGCUCGAAUCUAGGAAGCCACUGAUGCAAAAGAGCGGAGGACAGCAAAAGGGUCAAUUCAAACCCAGCCGAAGCCAGAAUAUCGUGGUAUGCUGCAUCUCCCAAUUUGAUAAUCGCACACUCCCAAGAUCCAACAGUCAUCGUGUCAGCAGCUAGAUGACUCAAACUAACUAGCAACACAUA